GGAUGCGACGCGGUGGGGGUGGGUCGGGAUUGGCUUUUCGCGAACGUGAAACUCAGUAGUACGCUACCACCCACGCACGUAGUACGCACGUUCGCUCCACGUGUGCUCCGUCUAGAAGUCACCCUUGCUCCUCGCAUCUCGCGCUGCACGCCAGCAACGAGGACACUCGAGGGGUGAAGAUCCGAAGACGCGUCUCGGUAUGUCGGGACAGCCCGCGCCAAGUACAUCCAGCCGUUCAGCUGUCACUCCGCGGGAGGACUGAAAGAAUUGUCAAUCGCUGAAGACAAACUGUGAAAGAUAAACACCUGACAGAGACCGAUGUCGGCAGUGAUAGCAGAACGGAUCGUCGAACGUAAGAUGGAACAGAAAGUGGAAAUGGAUAACAGUGAACGGCUCGAGUCUGUAUUUGUGGGUGUCAUCGUCGUGACGUAAAGUAAACGGCGACUCACCCUCGCCGAAGAAGAGCACGCAAUCCUCACGAGGAGCAAGCGGGAGCACGAAGAAGAGCACACAAUCCCCACGAGAGAGCUGGACGAGUGUAACGUAAAUCUCGGUGAAAUAAAAAUAAAUUUCUGAUAUUGCAAGCAGCAGCGAGAUGGGCGAGACACAAUGUAAUAUCCACCGCAUAUCCGAUAUUUCAUAUAUCCGAAGCACGAUCCGUUGAAGAGUCGCUACAAUUCGCCACGUCAGGUAGCAAAACAUGCAUUCGGAAAUCACGACAUUAUAGUGGGAAGACGUGAGACGAUGUCGCAUUACGAGGGGUAAAGAAUUUCUCGCGUUCACGAUGUUAAAUUCAUAGGCGGGAUGAGGCGGGUUUAGAUCACCCCGAAGAAACUGAGAAACUCGAGGGUCGUGAUUGUCUUCACUGCAGGAAAUCAACAUGUCCGCUACGGAAUCGCGCGAUGGUGACACAAGUCCGACGCGUCGACCAAGGGAGAGCAGAAUUCACAGUGUUGCUCUACCAGCCAGAACUUCUUUACUCCCGGAACCACCACCCACCGGAAAUGAUAUACCGCCGCCAAUACCACGUCGACAUUCCGCUACUCCGGCGGUAGCACCACCUCCGAUCCCGCUGAGGCCACCGGCGAUCCCGAAGAGAAGUAAAAAUGAGAAACCGAUUCCCGUGCAACCCACAACCAGGCCAGACAACCAAAUGAUGCAUCGCAAGCCAAGCGAUUCCUCGUCGACAUCUUCAUCAACGGUACCGGCUACGUGGAACAACGUAGACUCGACGAAUCAAGAGUUUAUAGACCUGGGUCCUUUCGGAAGUCAGAAUCAAACGUCACAGGAUUAUUUGCUGAGUUAUGGCGGCAAGGAUGCGAGGGAAACGAACGAGCAUAACGAUUUCGUGGCUGACUUUGAGCGAGCGAACUUCGACGAAGGGCGAAAACUUGUGGAAAAGUCGAGCUUCGAGGAGUUGCAAAAGGCGUCGUUGGACCUCGAGAAAAGACUUCACGAGAGAAUUAUGAAGAGCGCGGAGGCGAAGUUCGAAGAUCCAAACGGCCGGGUGGAUGCUCGUCAACGACAGAGCACGGUAUCGCGGCAUAACAGGCAUCAGUUGUCAAAGUUUGCAAAAGAGAACGAUUCCAGCGAACAGAAAGAAUCGUUCGAAUGCAAGUCUAGGGAAGAAACGGUGUUACCACGAAGGGAGGUUUUCCAUGACGAUGAGCCGAAGUAUGCAACGAUCCUGAUUUCUGGCCGUGAGAGAAGAUCGAAAUUUGAGGAAUUACAGGCUGCCUCGAAGAAUCUGGAGAGGCGUUUGCACGAAGACGACGAUUAUCGCCGGCGGCAGGAGAUGGAGAGACGGAUAAGCAAAGACAAACCACCCAGGUACAACGAGAUUAGAAGAUACGAGGACCUCGAGAGAAUUCCGCAGGAUCUCGACAGACGUUUCCACGUGGAGCAGCGGGUACUAGAGCAACAGCGGAGCAAGUACGAGAGCGACAUGGAAAGGGCGAGAAAUAUUCUUCAGCAUAAUUUGAGGAAGGAGCGUGGUGGCGGCGAGAAACUUGAGAAACUGCCGAAGGCGACUCAAACGAAUCUACCACCGCCUCUGAGCACCAUUUGUCAGAGCCCUGUAUCGAAACCUAUCAGCGUCCGGCAGGACAGUAACGUUUCCUCGGACAGUUUCAGUCAAACCAGCUCGCCCAGCUACACCAGCAAGACAAUGGAAGCCCCCCUUCUGCCUCACAAGCACGGCAAAGUUCCAGACAGAGCUUUGGUGUCGGAGCCUGAUAACUCAUCCGGCAGGCCGAUAACGAAGUCUACGAGCACGCCGGCUAGUUUGCAGACCAUCGUCAGGAUGCAUGCUGGAAACAACAGUUCGUUGCACCAUAAAAUAAUCCGAGACAUGACUAACAGCCACUACGUGACAACGGGAAGGCUACGCUUCAGAUUUGUACAAGUUUUGCUUAAUGCUGUUAUUCUUCUGGCCAUCGCCGGCGGUUUAGCCGUGUACUUCAAAACGUAUCCAGAAAGUGAUUUAAGAUUGGAGAACAGGUCGGUCAUAAUCACGAUAACUGAACGCGCGCGACCAGUGAUAGAGGAUAAAAAUCCAGCACCGGGAGUUUGCCUGCCUAUCAUCGUGACCUUCUGCCAGCAGCAUAAGGUUCCGUACAAUUACACCGUAUUCCCGAAUUACAUGGGCAAUUUUGGACAACGGGACGCCCAACACGAACUGGACCUUUACGACACCGUCGUCGACGUCAGAUGCUACGAACUGGCUGCUCUGUUUCUCUGUAGUGUCUUUGUGCCGAAAUGUGGGUCUCGUGGUCGCGUCGUACGUCCCUGCCGCAGUCUCUGCUUCGAGACCAAGAGACGCUGCGGGUUCUUUCUGAAAAUUUUCGGCCUGUCCCUGCCGGAUUAUCUGGAGUGCGAACUGUUCCCGGAGAACCCGAAUCCCGACGAGUGCAUCGGGCACCACGAGGUGAUCGAAGCAGCGACGAGAGCCAAGAAACCGGCAUGCACCAGUGGCUUUCAGUGCGACAACACACGGUGCAUUCCGUUUGAUUGGCGAUGCGAUGGUCAUGUGGACUGCUCCGAUCGCGCCGACGAGAUCGGAUGCGGAGAGUGCAAUUCCCGUCCGCUGUCCUCGCUGUCGACGACGACGACGACGGCCACCAUAUUCGGCACGAUAAUCAAGGGACCCUCGCUCAGAGGAACGGUCUCCACGAAGUCAUCGCUGCACUGCGGUGAAAGAAGAUGCAUGUCGGCCAGUCACAUCUGCGACGGAGUCAUGGACUGCCCUUGGGGACAGGACGAGCGAUUCUGUCUCAAACUGAGCCAGCGGAACGGAGAUAUUGCCGAGGGCCAGCUUGAGGUAUACCAUGCUGAAAUGGGUAAAUUUGUGCCGGCCUGUAUCCCGCACUGGGAAUCCACAUCGGCGCAAGAGAUUUGCGCUAUGUUGGGAUAUGCGGUGGCGAAAGGAUCCGAGUUGCUGGACAUGGAGUUGAAGAACUUGACACAGGGCGAGCUGGAGAGUACCGAAUCUUCUAGCGAGAGUCCUACGUUGCUGAAACAAUUUCAGAAAUGCGUCAAGGGACGGGACCGUUACCCCACGGUCCAGCUCACUUGCUCGGAAUAUGCUUGCGGCCGCAGACGUUCCGUUUACGGGAACUUGAGAGUUCAGAAGCGGAUAGUGGGUGGUGUGGAGUCAGCGCCUGGUGAUUGGCCGUUUCUCGCAGCCCUCCUUGGCGGCCCUGAGCAGAUCUUCUACUGUGCCGGAGUUCUUAUUGCCGAUCAAUGGGUCCUGACUGCGUCCCAUUGCGUCGGAAAUUUUAGCCACUCGGACAUAUCCGGUUGGACGAUACAGCUUGGUAUCACUAGACGGCUCUCGCACACUUUUCUCGGUCAAAAACUGAAAGUGAAGAGGGUGAUUCCACAUCCGAACUACAACUUGGGCGUUGUUCACGACAACGAUGUUGCAUUAUUUCAACUUGAAAGACGAGUUCAAUACCACGAGCAUCUGAGGCCAGUGUGCUUACCGACUGUCGCCACUAAUCUAACACCCGGCACGAUUUGUACCGUCAUCGGUUGGGGUAAGAAGAACGAUACCGAAUAUGCUGAAUACGAGCCAGCCGUAAACGAGGUCAGGGUCCCCAUCUUGAACCGACAGCUCUGCAACACGUGGUUAGCGCAUAGAGAACUGAACAUCACCGAUGGAAUGAUUUGCGCCGGUUACUCGGACGGAGGAAAGGACGCAUGCCAGGGUGAUUCUGGCGGGCCGUUGCUGUGUCAAGACAAAGACGACGAAGAAAAGUGGUUCGUCGGCGGGAUUGUCAGUUGGGGCAUAAGAUGCGCUCAUCCAAAACUGCCCGGAGUCUACGCUUACGUGCCCAAGUAUAUACCAUGGAUCCAAACGGAAAUAUCCAAGUACUCCGACAACGAUAACGGUAAGAGGGAGAACAUGGACGAUCAAGUCGAACAAGCAUUCGGAUAGGAUCGUGAGCAACAUUGAGAGAGAUCAAGCGAGAAAAGAAGAGCGAAGUAUUAAACAUCGAUGGACUCUACCUUUGCAUCGCCUGACAACGUUGGAAGGAACUGGAAGCGAUCAUCGGCGCUGUAUCAACCGAUUUACACUUCGUCAGCGAUCAUGAGAGAAGAAUAUUCUGCAUCCUCUUGAACGUCACUCGGAUAUUUUGUAAAUAUCGGUUUGCAGCGUUGGACCUGAAGAAACCAGCAGAGAGUCGAGCAUCAAGUAGUAGAUAGACGAGAAUCAUCGGUCUCAUUAUUUGAGAUUAGUAGGAGUAGAAUCAAUCGAGAAGUAGAAAUCGCAAAGUUUCGGAUUCCGAACCGUAUCGAGCGAUAAUUUUCUCAAUCCAGACAUGAGCAAAAGGAGUCUGCCAUAAUCGAUCGCAAGAGGAAGGAUUUUUCUGCGGCAAAAUUAUUAUUGAAUUAUUGAUUCGAUUAGUGGCAUAUUAUGCGCGUUUUGCGCAGUUUUGUCAGUCAUAUCUCGUCCAAGUAAUGCAAGGUUUUGCCGCUUAACGAUUUUUCGUGAGCGGAUUUUAGGAUAAAUUAUCCGGACAGGAAUAAAACGGGAUGAUCAUCGGAAACAUAUAGGAUACAGUAUAAUUACUUUGUAAGUGAAGCUAUAUACGAAUGCCCAGGAUGUUUGCGUACACAAGUUCAAAUAAUAAGCCAUUUUCUAGGAGAUUAGUAGACAAAAGAGCGAAUCAAUAUGCCGAUAAAUGCAUGUACUUUUGGUAUUGAAAUAAGAGAUCAAGUCUCUCUUUC